ACCCUCGCAAUGCCCACUUCCCCCAGCAGAUUUCAGGUCUUUUUCAAGGUCUGGUGCUGGCAUGGAUGCAUCGCAACCCCUAUUUUGGGUCAUUCUCUCAGCAGCUGCAUUCUGCUCAGUCAAACCACAGAUAAAUGUCUGUAGGGAGGCUUCUGUCGCAGAUGUUGUGUUCCUGGUGGAUUCCAGCAGAGGCCCAGAAAAAUCCCGAAAUGUUCAAGACUUCUUGUCUACGUUGGUCAGUGGCCUUGACCUCGGCAAAGAUAAAAUCAGAGUAGGCCUGAUCCAGUAUGGUGACAUGCCCAGCACAGAGUUUUCCCUCAAUACCUAUCAACGCAAGGAAGAUGUCUUGAGGCAUAUCCAGGCAUUGACCUUUAAACAUGGUGGUGCCCAAACUGGCCGGGCCUUGUGGUUCAUGUUAGAAAACCACUUCUUGGAAAUAGCAGGGAGCCGGAUACAGCAAGGGGUCCCCCAGCUUGCUGUGCUGAUUACAGAUGGACCAACACAGGAUGACAUCAAAGAACCAGCUGAGGCGGUCAGGAAGGCAGGUGUCCUGCUGUACGCCAUUGGCCUCCAAGGCUCUGUUUUUUCUGAGCUCAGGGAAGUAGCCAGCGAUCCUGAUGACAAGUUUAUCUUUGAGGCAGCUGACAUCUCUUUCCUAGGUGACCUUUCCCAAAAUGUGUUGCUGGCACUCUGCACCACGAUAGUGGAGGCGAAUCUACAGGGAUCCCAAGUCUCUCCAGCCUGCAGAAAAGCGGGGGCUGCUGACUUGGUCUUCCUGGUGGACAGCUCCACAAGCAUAGGCCCUGGUAACUUCCAGAAAGUGAAGAGCUUUCUCUACUCGUUGGUGUCGGGCCUGGAGAUUGGCAGGGACCAGGUCCGGGUCGGGCUGGCCCAGUUCAGUGAUAACAUCUACAAGGCCUUUCUGCUCAAUCAGUUCCCUCGGAAGAGCGACGUGCUGGAGCAGAUACGGAAUCUCCCCUACCGGACUGGAGGCACCCGGACGGGAAGCGCCUUGGACUUCCUCAGGCUCGCCUAUUUCACCGACUCAGCGGGCAGCCGGGCCAAGGACGGCGUCCCCCAGGUAGUGAUCCUGGUGACGGACGGGGAGUCUAACGACGAGGUGGCUGAGGCGGCCAGCAAGCUUAAGGAAGGGGGUGUGUCGAUCUAUGUGGUGGGAAUCAAUGUCCAGGAUGUCCAGGAGCUGGAGACAAUAGCUAGCAAGCCCUUGGAGAAGUUCCUUUAUAGCAUCGAGGAUUUCAACAUCCUCGAAGGUCUCUCUGGCAACAUCCUUCCUACCCUGUGCUCCGCGGUUGAGAACCAGAUCCAAGCAUUCACCAAGUCCUAUGCUGAUGUGGUCUUCCUUGUGGAUACCUCAAAGGGCACGUCACCAGCCACUUUUCAUCAGAUGAAAAGUUUUAUUUUCAGAGUCAUUGACACGUUGGAGGUUGGGCAUGACAAGUACCGGAUUGGGCUGGCCCAAUAUGGUCACCAAGGUCAUGUUGAGUUUUUGCUCAACACCUAUCGGAACCUAGAUGAGGUGAUCAUCCACAUUCAGCAGAAUUUCCUGCUCCGAGGAGGUGCCAGGAAGACAGGAAAUGCCCUUCAGUAUAUACAGGAGACUUUUUUCCAGGAGAAGGCAGGGAGUCGUUUCCUCCAAGGCAUCCCUCAGUAUGCAGUGGUUAUCACUUCUGGUCAUUCAGAAGACUUGGUCUUCGAAGCUGCUCAGAAGCUUAAGGGGAGGGGAGUGAAGAUCAUGGCAGUUGGUAUUCAAAACUUUGACAGAAGAGAACUAGAGAGCAUGGUGACUCCUCCCCUUGUGUUUGAGAUUGAGGGACAAGAUGGGGUCAGGCAACUUCAGCAGGAUAUGAGCCAAGAGUUCGAAAGCUCUGGCCGUUUGGACCUCAGUUCGGAGAUGGACGAAGAAGCCUUAGCAGUGUGUACGAGUGCCUCCGUGGCUGACAUCGUGUUCCUUGUUGAGGCAUCCGGUGGAAUUGGGUUAGAAAACUUCCAGCGAGUUAUACAGUUCCUGGGGAAAGUUAUCCGCACUCUACAUAUUGGCCCCAACAGCGUCCGAGUUGGCCUGGUGCUUUACAGUGAUGAGCCGAGGCUCGAGUUUGGCCUGGACACGUUCCGGAGCCAAUUGGAAAUCUUGAGUCACUUAAACAAGUUGCCAUUCAUAGGUGGCAAGACCAAGACAGGAGCUGCUCUGGACUUCCUCAGGAACACUGUAUUCACCCAGGAGAGGGGCAGCCGGUCUGGACAAGGCAUUCAGCAGCUUGCUGUGGUUAUCACAGAAGGCUAUUCCCAGGAUGAGGUGGACGGACCGGCUUCUCUCCUCCGACGGGCUGGGGUCACGCUCUUUGCUGUGGGCACCCAGAAGGCUUCAGGAAGCAGUGACCUGGACAGAAUAGCAUCCUACCCAGCUCGGAAGCAUGCCAUCUACCUGGAGUCAUUCCUGCAGCUCUCAGUGGUCAGGGACAGGAUAAAGAAACGUUUGUGCACAGAGAUUGUGCAGAAAACCUUUUCAGUUCCAGUGGUGAGCCGUACCCUGAAAGAAGGUUGCAUAAACACGGAGGAAGCAGAUAUCUAUUUUCUCAUUGAUGGGUCAGGCAGCAUAGUCCCUGAAGACUUUGAGGAAAUGAAGACAUUCAUGAACCAGCUGAUAAGUGUGUUCCAUGUUGGUGCAGACAAAGUACGGUUUGGGGUUGUCCAGUACUCAGACUAUUCCCAAACUGAGUUUGACAUCAGCCAGCAUGCCAGUGUGGCCCAGCUGACAAGGGCCAUCACAAACAUACAGCAGAUGGAAGGUGGCACCCAUACGGGAGAUGCCCUGAGAUUCAUGAAGCAUCUUUUUUCAAAUAUUACCAGGGACAAAGUUCUUCGCUUUCUCAUUGUCAUCACUGAUGGGAAGUCCCAGGACCCAGUGGCUCAGGCUGCAGAGGAACUGAGGCAGAAAAAUAUCACCAUCUAUGCCAUUGGCAUCAAAUCUGCUGUCACCGAGGAGCUUGUUGAGAUCUCUGGCUCAGGAAAUAGGAUGUUUUUUGUGAAUGACUUUGAUUCCUUAAAGUAUAUUCAGCAAGAGGUCAUACAGGACAUCUGCUUCUCAGAGGUGUGUAAGGAUAUGAAAGCAGACAUUGUUUUCUUGGUCGAUGGCUCUGAGAGGGUCCGCUCCAGAGAUUUUGAAAAAAUGAAGGAAUUCAUGAGGCAGGUGGUAAACAAGUCAGACAUUGGCCCUGAGAAAGUACAGAUUGGCCUCUUGCAAUUCAGUUCAAGCACCAAGGAAGAGUUCCAGCUCAACACAUACUUCUCCAAGGUGGAAAUUCUUAGGGCCAUCUCUGCUAUGGUACAAAUGAAAGCAGACAACUAUCUGGGGAGUGCCCUGUCCUUCACUUCUCCUUACUUUGAUAUGCCAAGAGGAGGAAGACCUAAUGUACCCCAGUAUUUGAUCCUAAUCAUUGAUGGGGAAGCCAAGGAUGCUGUGCAAAUGCCAGCCAAGGCCCUCAGAGAUAAAGGAAUCAAGAUCUUUGCCAUUGGAGCACAUAAGGCCAACAACUCCCAGCUGCUGGAGGUCACGGGUGCCCAGGACAAGGUGUAUUAUGAUGAUAACUUUGAUUCCCUCCUUUUCUUGGAGAAGGAAAUAUUUUUUAGGCUCUGUAAUACGGAGGAGGCCUGCAAGAAGACAGAAGUAGCAGAUAUUCUGUUCUUGGUACAUGCAUCCAGUGGCACCACCAACCAAGAGCUUGUGGCCAUUCGCAUGCUCAUGGAAGCCAUUGUCAAUGACUCACUGGUUGGAAAGGACAAUGUGAGAUUUGGGGCUGUUUCCUAUAGUGAUAAUUCAGAAGUACUGUUUUCAUUGGAUACCUACAUUACUAAAGCUCAGAUCAGGGAAGCCAUUUUACACUUGAAACCCAAGGUGGGAAAAGCCCAUACAGCCACAGCUUUAAAGUUUGCUAAGGGAAUGUUUGCUGACUUGCAUGGAGGUCGCCCAUCCUCGGGUAUCACCCAGAUCUUGGUGCUCAUUACCAACAAGCCAACUGAGUUUAAAGAAAGAGGGUACCUACAAGACUCAGCAGAGGCUCUGAAAGAAGCUAACAUUAAUGUCUUUGCCAUUGGAAUAAAAAGUGUCAAGAGGCCAGAACUUCAAAAUAUCACAAGGUAUCAGGAUAGAUCAUUUGUGGUGCAGAGUUCUGAUGAGCUUUACGAUUUGCAUGAAAAAGUGACUCAUGUCAUAUGUAAUGAAUCAAAACCAAUUUGUGUCCAUCAGCAAAUAGAUCUUGUGUUUCUGAUAGAUGGAUCCUUGAGCAUCCAUCCCCGAAACUUCACUGCCAUGAAGACUUUUAUGAAGCAAAUAGUGAACAGUUUCACUAUUGGCAAGGAUAGGGUCCGCACUGGGGUAGCUCAGUAUAGCACUGAUCCUAAGAAAGAAUUCUACCUUAAUGCUUUCUACUCCAGUGCUGAAGUCAAUGAACAUAUUGACAAGAUUAUCCAGUUGAGAAGUAAAACAUUCACUGGUAAAGGUCUGAAGUUUGUCAAGAGCUUUUUUGAACCAGCCAAUGGGAGCCGGAAGAACCUCAAUGUGUUACAGAGCCUGGUAGUCAUUACUGAUGGAACGUCCACUGAUUCGGUAGUGGAAGCAGCAAGUGACUUGAGAAAUGAAAAAAUCAACAUUUUUGCCAUUGGUAUAGGUGUCAUCAACCUCUUUGAACUUCAGGUCAUCGCUGGCAAUGUGCAAAGGGUGUUUGUAGUGGGUGACUUUGGACAACUGGGCAUUAUCGAGAGGAAAAUUGUCAGUGAGCUCUGUAAACCAAGUGAUAUUAUUGCUCCUGAAUGCAACAUCGAUAUCUCAGUAGGACUUGAUAUUUCCAGUUCAGUCAGUCUGGUGCAGCAGAGACUGCAGCAGCUGCUGCCGAACCUGAUGCAAAAACUGACCCUGCUGUCCAACAUCAGCUGCGUGGCCAGCACUCCGCUCAACAUGAGGCUCCGCUACCACAUUCCCACUCCUGACGGCCCGUCUCGGUUCGACUCGGGUUUUGAGAGGUACAGUGAAGGGAUCAUCCAGAAGUUCUUUGACCAGCAUGACUUGGAGAACAACUAUAUGAAUGUGGCUUUUAUGCGCUCCCUUGGGGAGAAGGCUCUCAGCUUGACCUCUGCUAAAGUGAAGGUUCUCUUAGUGUUUACAGAUGGACUGGAUGAUAAUUUGGAAAGACUAAAGGAAAUCUCGGAAUUCUUUCGUCUCAAAGGUCUCCAUGCACUUAUAUUAGUGGGCUUGCAAAGUGGGCAGAAGUUAGAAGAGCUCCAGGAUGUUGAAUUUGGCCGAGGAUUUGGUUAUAAACAGCCUCUGAGCAUCACAAUGCGAGCUCUUCCAAGCCUCCUGUUGAGGCAGCUUGACACAGUUGUAGAAAGAGAAUGCUGUCAGGUCAUUUGCAAAAUUCGGGGAGACUCUGGUGCCUCAGGAGAACAAGGGAACCGUGGGAGGAAGGGAGAGACAGGUCUUCAUGGGAUGCCUGGCCAUCCUGGUGAUGAAGGUGGACCUGGAGAAAGGGGCGUUAUUGGCUUGCCGGGACCUCGUGGUGAAGGAGGAUGCCCAGGAGAAAGAGGGCUUAAGGGAUCAAGAGGGUUUGUAGGAGAAAAGGGCAACCAGGGUGACAAUGGAAUGGAUGGGUUUACUGGAGAACAGGGUGAACGUGGCAGUUCUGGAAUCUCUGGAGAAAAAGGAAAUACUGGAAAACAGGGCUUGACGGGCCCCCCAGGAGAAUCUGGUGAGCCAGGAGGUCCUGGUCUGAGAGGAGAUCCUGGAGAACCUGGAACUGAUAGUGAUAUUCGUGGUCCUCCGGGAGACAAAGGAAAGCAAGGUCGCCAGGGAAAGCCUGCAGUCUAUGCUGAGGGAGGCAUGGCUGGAGAGCGAGGCGCGCAUGGGCCGAGAGGUAGAAGGGGUUUACCUGGACCAAAGGGUGUGUCUGGAGAAACUGGUAUACAUGGUAACAGUGGAAUUCCUGGACGUCCAGGCUUAGAGGGUCCAAGAGGUGAACAAGGACCGCCAGGAAUAUAUGGACAGCACGGCUUACCGGGAGACUGGGGGAUGCCUGGGCCACAAGGCCCACUUGGUCCUAAAGGGGGUGCUGGGCCGAGGGGAAUGAAGGGGGAGCUUGGUUUUCCAGGAGAAAAUGGCGCAGUGGGACCAGAAGGACCAAGAGGGCAGCCUGGUAUAGAUGGCAAUGAUGGGCAUGGUCACUCAGGAAGAAAAGGAGCUAAGGGUGAACCUGGCUUCCCUGGAUACCCUGGCAUACAAGGGGAAGAUGGUGAUAAAGGCCAAUCAGGAAACCAAGGACCAAAGGGAUUUCCGGGGAAAAGGGGAAAUUCUGGCUCGCCUGGGCUGGAUGGAUCACCAGGAGAUCCAGGGUCCCCUGGACCAAUGGGCAGCAAGGGAUCGAAGGGUUUGUCAGACAUGAUGCCUUGUGACAUUGUUGACUUCACGAGAAAAAACUGCCCUUGUUCAUCACAUAAAGCCAAAUGUCCAGUAUUCCCAACUGAGGUGGUCUUUGCUCUGGACAUGUCUGAAGAGGUUACAGAGUCAGAAUUUGAGAGGAUGAGGGAUAUUUUGCUGUCGCUGCUAAGAAGGAUGAGCAUCAGCCAAAACAAUUGUCCAACUGAUGCCCGGGUGGCCAUUGUUUCCUACAGCAACAGGGUACAUUACUUGGUUCGCUUCUCAGACUUUCAGAACAAGAAUCUACUCCUCCAAGCCAUCAGGAACGUACCUUUGGAGCAGUCCAUGGGCCAGCGGGACCUUGGCACUGCCCUGAGAUUUGUGGCAAGAAAUGCCUUCAAACGUAUUCGUAACGGCAUCCUCAUGAAGAAGGUCGCCAUAUUCUUUGUGGCAGGCCCGUCCUCUGGUGGUGAUUCUAUCCACACAGCCAUGCUGGAGUUUAGUGCCCUGGACAUCGUUCCCACUGUUAUCGCGUUCAAUGACGAUCCCCUCAUACAACAUGCCUUGUCGAUGGAUGAUACAAAGAGGUUUAAGCUCUAUGUGUGGGAAAAUAAGAAUGAUGAGGAUGUGGAACGUGUGGCCUCCUGCACUCUUUGCUACGAUUGGUGCAGAGAAGACGAGGAGUGUGAAGUGAUUAGCCCUAGGCCCAUCGGGGUGGACAUGGACAUAGCCUUUGUGGUGGAUGGCUCUCUCAGGGUCACAAGUGACAUGUUUAAUGCAGCCAGAAGCAUGGUGGGCUCCAUGCUGAAUCACUUUAUCAUUGCUUCUCAUCCCAGGACCUCCGCGAAGGGGGCCAGGGUUGCCCUGGUACAGCAGACGGUCCCAGGCUUCUUCCCUUACAAGAGCGUGCCCCCCAUUGAGAAGGAGUUUGAUUUGCUCACGUACAGCCAUCCGGAGCAGAUGCAGAGGCACAUAAGGGAGUCUGUCCACCCUCUCCGAGGGCCCCCGUACCUGGGCCACGCCCUAGAGUGGACUGUUGAGAAUAUCUUUGUGACAGAUCCCCUGCAGAGGAAGGGCCGGGUUCUCUUUGUGAUUGUGGGAAGUGAGACAAGUCCCGAAGACAGGGAGAAGCUGUGGAGGGUGUCCCUGGAAGCCAAGUGUGGAGGCUUCAUCUUUUUUACCGUGGCCUUGGGCGCUGGAGUCAACAUGGAAGAGUUGACCUGGCUGGCCAGCUUCCCACCUGAGCAGCACCUGCUGCGCCUGGCUGAUAUCUCCCAUCAGGAAAUGGACUAUGCCGAGCGGUUCAUCCGGGCCUUCCUGAACCUUCUGAAAAGUGAGGUGAACCAAUACCCACCUUCUAGACUUUUAGAAGAUUGUGAGGCGCUGCAUCGAGGAGAUACCUGGAGGAAGGCAGCCUUGACCCGGAGGCUGAACUUUAUUAGAUUUGGGUUCAAUGAGUCUGACUCCAGAAGAAGCAGGAAAGCACUUAAGGCAAAAGACCCUUCUCUGGGGACAAGGGGGAGAAUUUCCCAGAUCACCAAGACUGACAGAGAACACAUCGAGUAUCAUUAUAGAGCUGAACAAAAUCUAAUGGAAGCCCUGCAAAAGACAGAAGAAACCAGAGAUGAAACCACUGACCUUGAUCCUUGUUCCAUGGCUAAGGAUGCUGGGAUGUGCCGUGGUUAUGUCUUGAAGUGGUUCUAUCAUCGGGACCAGCGCACCUGCCAGAAGUUCUGGUUUGGUGGUUGUGGUGGCAACCAAAACCGAUUUGAAACCAGGCAAGACUGUGAGUCCCGGUGUGUCCUGUUAGCCUAGACAUGAGAGAGCCAUCCAAGUCCUCAAUGCUGGGCAGAGGCUACUGAAAUUCAAACGGCAGGUUUCAAAUGAAGUCAGUGUAUG